GGAAAAAAAACCCGACGGAGAAGCGAGCGGGGCUCGCGGGGGUUGCGCAGGAAUCGGCCCGGCGCAGCGGGAAGUUUCUGGGAGGAGAGCAAGAGCGAAGCAACCUCGGCUCGCUCUCCGGCCAUCUGCCCGUCUCUCUCUCUCUCUCCCCGCGAGCAAAGUUGCCUCGUCUUUCCUCCGCCUCCUUCCGAAGCCAGCUGCCGUGCGUGCCGGCGGGUGCGAACGAUUCGGGCACCGCAGACCCGGAGCGCACAUGGGAAGGCGAGCGAGCCCGAUGCACGCGUGACAGAGCGGGAGCGAGAGACGAGACGCUCCCGCCAAGAAUACCCGGCAGGUCAUGGCAGGGCAGGGCUGCGACCGGGGCUGCUGUGAGGUAGAAAUCCCAGCGUGGGUGCGGGAAGCAGAAGUGUGAGCCGAGCUCGAGCCGAGGCGGAAAGAAUCCCCCCCUUGGGCGAGAGCAGCGAAGGGAGGGCGCCGCCGGAGCAGCUGCCAGUCGCUUCACCAUGGAUUGCAGCCGCCUCAGGACUCUUAUUAAUAGAUACUGUGCUGGGGAAGAGAACUGGGUAGACAAUCGGACAAUUUAUGUUGGGCAUCGUGAACCCCCUCCAGGUGCUGAAGCAUACAUUCCGCAGAGGUAUCCAGACAACAGAAUAGUCUCAUCAAAGUAUACCUUUUGGAACUUUAUACCGAAAAACCUAUUUGAGCAGUUCCGAAGAAUAGCAAACUUCUACUUUCUUAUCAUUUUUCUUGUACAGUUAAUUAUUGACACGCCAACCAGUCCAGUGACAAGCGGGCUGCCACUUUUCUUUGUCAUCACUGUAACAGCUAUAAAACAGGGAUAUGAAGAUUGGCUUCGUCAUAAAGCUGACAAUGCAAUUAAUCAGUGUCCGGUUCAUUUUAUUCAUCAUGGCAAACUGGUUCGAAAGCAGAGCCGCAAACUAAGAGUUGGAGACAUUGUGAUGGUGAAAGAAGAUGAAACAUUCCCCUGUGAUUUAAUAUUAUUGUCAAGUAGUCGAUCAGAUGGCACAUGUUUUGUUACAACAGCAAGUUUGGAUGGUGAAUCGAGUCAAAAGACAUAUUAUGCGGUCCAGGAUACAAAGUCUCUUCACGAUGAACAAGAUAUUGACAAACUACAGGCUACCAUUGAAUGUGAACAGCCUCAGCCUGAUCUUUAUAAAUUUGUUGGCCGGAUAAAUAUUUACCAUGAGAGUAAUGAGCCAAUUGCAAGGCCACUGGGAUCAGAAAAUGUGCUUCUUAGAGGAGCUACCUUAAAGAACACAGAGCACAUCUUCGGUAAACUUUGCCUAUUGAGACACUGACUAAAAGCAACAUCUUUUAAUGUAGCAUCUCUUGUUCAAAAACAAAGAGACCAACAAACAGCUAUUUUGAGUUGAAAGCAAGGUUGUCAAUAUGAAAUCCUAAAUUAUUCAGUGGUCUGGGUGGUGAGAGGAGAUGGUUCUGCUUUUUGUCAAUUUCCAUUUGCUACUUUUUGCAAUGUUUAUGAAGUAUUUUCUUCAGAAGUUGUAUUCAGCAGGUUCU